AUGGGAGAGCUCGCCGACUUUCUCGUCGAAAGAGACCAAAACUUUCGCAAGGCCCGUUUGCCAGCUCUCUACUCCGACUUCCGCCCCCAACGAACCCUGAACCCAGAUGGCUUCCAAGCCAACGUCAGCGCCUGGCGCCAAGCCCUCGCUCGCGCAGCGUGGGAAGGCCGCAUCGCCUCGCAGCUCUCGGCGCCGAACCUGUUAGUAGUCAACGUCGACGAGCAGCUCGUGCGGUCCCUCGAGAAUAAACAGUUUGGCCGUCCGCUCGCGCUCGGCACCGUCGUCAGGGAGGCCGUCGCCGACAAGGACCUGUACCCGCUCGACGAGUUCACAAAGGCCAAGGAGAGCAUCUAUGCGGGUAAGACGUGGGCGCAGGUGCCGUGGAGCGUGAUCUCGUGGGCGGCGGGACAGUUGUUUGCAGGCAAGUCUACCUCGGGCGAGGAUAGGGUUCCGCAGGGGCGGUUUGUGGUAUUGAGGAAUGUCGAGGCGACGGCGAAGAGCCUUGCGGAGAGGGUUACCUCUGCGGAUUCAAGGUUCGACAGGACGUAUACGAAGACGCAUUUCCAAAAGACAUUUGCGGAUGCGCUGGUGCAGGAUCGGAGGUUAUCCGAGACGGAUGUGGAUAUUUUGCUGGUCUUCCUCUCACGGGACAAGGGGAUCGUGGUCUACGACGGGAAGGUUGUCAGGAUAAAGGGAUCGAGCACGGACGAGGAUGAGACGACGAUAACGGAGGAAGACGCGGCCGUCUCGUCGCUCAAGGAACUCAUCGCCGACAUGAAGCAUCAGACGGCCCUCCUCACAUCCCGCGUGGACGAGCUCGCGGCAACAGCAAAGGAAGCCGUCGUCAAAAAGAACAAGGUUGCCGCGCUGGCGGCGCUCAAGUCGAAAAAAAUGACCGAAGCGUCGCUCGAGAAGCGCUUCGCGACGCUGAACCAGCUCGAGGACGUGGCGGCGAGGAUACAAGAGGCGCGGGACAACGUCCAGCUCGUCAGCGUCAUGGAGGCGAGCGCGGGCGCGCUCAAGGGGCUCAACGAGAAGGUCGGCGGCGCGGACCGGGUCGAGGACGUGGUGGACCGGUUGCGGGAGCAGAUGGGCGAGGUGGACGAGGUGGGCAAGAUUAUCUCCGAGGCUGGUGCUGCGCCUGUGGUAGAUGAGUUCGAGGUUGAUGAGGAGCUUGAGGCUAUGGAGCGCGAGGAGAGGGAGAAGGUUGAGGCGGCGGAGCGGAAGGAGAGGGAGGCGACGGAGGAGAGGGAGGCUGAGGAGACGAGGAGGAGGCUCGAGGCCGAGAUGGCGGAUUUGAAGACGCCUGUUGCGGAGCCUGUUGCGAGGCAGGACGCCAAGUCGCCGACGGGGGAGACGGCGGAGAGUUUGGAGAGGAUGGGGCUCGAGGAGAGGGAGAGAGAGCGGGAGAAGCCGAUGCCUGCGCAGUGA